GGUUACGACAGACAGCCCGCGUCCCCGCUUUUCAAUUCCCGCUCUCCCAAUCGCAAAAAUACCAUGGUCGGCGAUUCAUCGACCUCCGUCCGACUUCCGGCACUCCUCCUCCUACUCACUUUCUUGAACUCUGCCUGUUUCGUUGUUUCAGGAGAGUUUCCUUCUCUAAUUGUUUCAGAGUAUGCUUCAUUACAAAUAUCCCCAAAAUUGGCAGUGGAAAACUCACCAGGUUCAAGACCUGGAUCCCAAGUGGUCUGUGAAAGAGUAGAAAUUAAAGGCUUGUCAAGGUUCAGAAACCUCACAAGUUUCUUCUCUUCAGUGAAGGUGAAGGCUAUAAUCGUAAAUUCCACUGGUCGCCCUCCAAACGUUACCAUCUGUUUCCACAGGAAUGCAUCUCUUGCAGUGGGGAUGUGUCAUGAAGGUCAAUGGGAGAAACUUACCAAAGGGUCAUGGAUUAAAUCCAUGUCCCCAUUUGAUCACAAGCUUUUGGAUAUACGAAUAGUGGGCCCUCCUGAAGGAACUAUUGAGAUCUUACUGAACAAAGAAUUUUAUUCCUACAGAAUUGUAUUUCUGGUGUUUGGAAUAACACUGAUGACAUUUGCAUCCUCUUUGAGCAACUCUUUAGUAGUCUACUAUGGUGGUGCAAUGACAUUAGGGGUUCUGCUUGUUGUGUUGGUGAUCCUCUUUCAGGGAAUGAGGAUCCUUCCAAGUGGUCGAAAGAGUUCACUUGCAUUAGUUCUAUAUGGAUCCAUUGUUGGAGUCGGAUCCUUUCUGUUUAGCUACUUACCUACAUUAUUCAACUCACUACUCAUGGAAAUGGGAAUCAGUGAAGAUGUAUACAGUCCUAUAGCAGUAUUCCUACUAGCUUUCAUUGUUCUUUUGGGAGCAUGGUUAGGGUUUUGGGCUGUUCGUAAGCUUGUCUUUACAGAAGAUGGAUCAAUUGAUACGGGUGUGGCCCACUUUGUUUCAUGGUCCUUCCGGAUUUUAGCAUCCAGUAUGAUUCUUCAGAGUUCAGUUGAUCCUUUAUUAGCAGUUGCAGCAUGGGUUUGUGGAAUACUUGUUCCAUCAGCUUUUAAGUGGUUCCUUAAAGUGUUGUUCGAAACAAACAAGGUGAAGAAGCAUAGAGGAUCUUACAAGAAGGUUUCUAAUGAAGAGGAUCAUGGAAUCAUCCAUAAGUUAGAGGACAAAAACACGUUCUAUUCGAGCUUUCAUGACACGCGUGAAAGAAGACAAUACUCGAAGGAAGAAUGGGAUGAAUUUACUAAAAUGUCCACGAAGAAAGCACUUGAAAGUCUUGUGUGUUCACCAGAUUUUAACAGAUGGGCUGUUGCUCAUGCGGAUAGAAUCACUUUACGUCCGAAGAACAACACCAGUCAGAGGCGACAAAGUUGGUUCCCAUGGUCUUGAUCAUCAUCUAGAUCUGGUUAUGAAAAUGCUAACUGUUUUGUUGUAACAAAUUGUUACCAUGAUUACAUUAUGGAUAAAUUGUUGUAUCACUGUGAUUCAUUAGGAGCUUCUAAUUUAACUUGUGUAGUUGGGUUUGAUUCAAGAUUCAUAUACAUAAUAUCUGAAUCUUCUAACUUGGGUAAUUAUUAUUAUUUUUUCGGUAA